AUGGCCUUCUGUCGAGGAAGAUUGUUUCUUUCUCCGGUAGGAGACGUGCCCAUCCUCCCAACUCUUUCACUGCACCGGCCACAGAUCUCUCGAGGACUUUCUCAAAUAGCAACCCUAGAAGACAUUCCAGUGGACAAUGACAAGCCGUUCACUGUCCCUAUAUCAGAAAAGAGCUUCGAGACACACAAUUUUGAUCCGCCCCCAUACUCCAUCGAAACCACCAAGAAUCAAUUGAAGCAGCUGUAUUAUGACAUGGCAAAGGUUCGGCGCAUGGAACUGGCCGCCGACCAGUUGUACAAGGAGAAAAAAAUCCGCGGAUUUUGUCACCUGUCUACCGGACAAGAAGCUGUUUCAGUAGGUAUAGAGCACGCCAUCAGCAAAGAAGACCGAAUUAUCACAGCAUAUCGUGCCCACAGCUUUACUAUGAUGCGCGGGGGGACGAUAAAGUCAAUCAUCGGAGAGCUGCUGGGCCGGCGCGAUGGCAUCGCACAUGGCAAAGGCGGCUCGAUGCACAUGUACGCCAACAGCUUCUACGGAGGAAACGGCAUUGUUGGUGCCAAUGUGCCCUUGGGAGCUGGCAUUGCAUUUGCUCAGAAAUACAACAACACGACCUAUGUCACCAUGAAUUUAUAUGGCGACGGGGCGGCAAAUCAGGGCCAAGUAUAUGAGGCGUUCAAUAUGGCGAAGCUGUGGAGCUUGCCUGUGAUAUUUUGCUGCGAAAACAACAAAUAUGGAAUGGGGACUUCCGCCGACAGAGCCUCCGCCACGACUGAGUACUACAAGCGCGGCCAAUACAUACCCGGUCUUCGGGUAGAUGGAAUGGACGUACUAGCUGUCUUGUCAGCAGUCAGACACGGCCGUGACUUUGUGAAAGCGGGCAAUGGUCCCCUUCUAUACGAAUAUGUCACAUAUCGAUACGCUGGCCACUCUAUGUCUGAUCCAGGUGUGGCUUAUCGGGGCCGCGAAGAGCUGAAGAGGGAACGGGGCAACGAUCCAAUUACCACACUGAAGAGGAAAUUGGUUCACUGGGAUAUCAUCACGGACGAUGAGGCAAAGACCAUUGACAGAGAUGUACGGAAAAUGGUCAGCCAGGAGGUCCAACAAGCUGAGCAAAUGCCUGUCCUGGAGCCUUGUCGUGGUGUGUUGUUUGGGGACAUCUAUGUACCGGGCAGUGAGCCUCUGCAGAGGCGUGGAAGAGCGCUCGAAGAGAGUUGGUACUAG